UAUCAACAACGUUGCUUAUCAGUUACGCGAGUUUUUCUCUUCUUUUCCUGCGUUUUCUAACACUCGAGACCGGCGAUCGACCAUAGUCUGCCUCUUCACACCACAUGAACAUUACGACGCGGCACCUUAGAUCACCCAAGGUGCAAUAGCAGGUGAGGAGGAAGGAAGCUCAACCACACAAGCAUGAACUCUGACGAAUUGGCCAAAGAGCGUCCGUCAAGUGCGAGACCGGCUUCUAAACCGAUACCAGUACCUCGUCCAAAGCCACCACCAGUUGCCACAAAGCCGAAACGGAAUGCAUCCAAGAGGCCAAAGUUGGUAAAGUCGAUGACAACACCUUCGUGUGGGACACCAAGCCAGAUAAAGCUAUCACAACAUGCAUCAGUAGACGAAAGCGAACAUAAUGCAAGUGUUAACAGUUCUCUCUAUAUCACUCCAUCAAGUGCUACAAUCAACAAUGGUCCACUUAAAGAAACUACUGAUUCCUCUUUCUACGACACUCCUAAGUCAAGUCUUUUCAGCAGAUAUGACAGCAAUGCUUCGACUGAUCAGAAAGUUGACGAUUCUGUCUAUGACACUCCAAAGUUAGUUCGUCUUGUUAAACAGGAAAGUGAAGCUUCAGCAAACCAACAAGUUGACGACUCUGUCUAUGACACUCCAAAGUCAUUUCGCCCAGUUAAACAGGAAAACAAAGCUUCAGCAAACCAACAAGGGUGUAACGUCACGUCUCAGACUGCUCAAGCAAGUGGCAGAAAUGAUAGCGGAACUCUUCUAAAUGAUCAAAUUUAUGAUGUUCCUACGAAGAGCAAUGCAAUAGAACAAAGUCAAGGCGAACAGCAAGUUUACGAUGUUGUAGUCCUCAAGUCUUCAGCAAAUGCAACAGCAGCAGAACGAGCAGAUGAACAAAUUUAUGACAUCCCAGCAAGCACUUCUAAAUAUGCUGCACAGCCAUUACCACCACAACGAGAUCAAGUGUAUGAUGUGCCAGUGAAGUCUAGUGAGGUGGUUGAAGAUGUCGUUUCGCAAUCAACUGAUCAACAGCAAGUGUAUGACGUCUUGAUGAAGGCCAGCGAAGCAACACCUCCCACUGCAGUAGAGCCAGCAAGAGAACUACAACAACAAGUACAGGAGAAUGAACGUUCGGACAAGGACAAGACUGCAACUGAAGUUCAAGCACCAGCAGUGCCUACCAAACCAACUACUCGGUUUAAUCUACCACCAUCUCUGCCACCUCGAAAGUUGACACUGAAACAGAUGUCUGUUCCAGCAGAGACGUGCAUUCAGGAUAAGGUUGAACUGGAAGAGAGAACACACUCAUUUGACAUGGCAGCAACCUCCGCUUUGUCCUUUUCAUCUCCUUAUGUACCAUCAAUGCCUUCUACUUCAAGAGCAAUUGGUGCAUCUCCAGAGUCACUCACACUUCAAUCACCAUUGUCACCUUCGAAUGAACACGAGGAUCUCAGUGUUUUUGUGUGGUAUUGGGGGAAAGUUUCAAGGGAAGAGGUGAAUCACAAACUACGUAACAAACCUGACGGCUCAUUCAUGGUACGAGACGCCUCCAGCAGUCCCGGCGAAUACACACUCACUCUUCGAAAAGGCAGUGCCAACCGCCUCAUUCGUAUUCUCCACCACCACGGCCUAUACGGCUUCACAGAGCCACUAGUAUUCCAAUCAGUCAGCAGCCUCAUUUCCAACUACGAGAAACUGUCGCUGUCUGAGUAUAACGCUCAACUCGACGUCAAACUCUUGAAUCCCGUGCCACGAUUUGAGGUUGACGAAGACACGUUUGUUGACGAUCAACUCGAGGACGGCUCGGCACGGGAAGGAAUCGUCACCAAGCUGAAAGUGAUCGAGGAGGACUUCAACUUGAAGAACAACAACUUCCAUAAAAUGUACGACACGCAGAUGGUGACGAACCAGCAAAUAACGGACAUACGAAAUGAGAUCAAGGCACAGGAGGAGCUAACAAAGAUGUAUAGAGAUCAACUAGAACUAAUGGAAAAGUAUACAGAGGGUCUACAAUCAGCGGACGACAAAAAAUUUAUGUCUAAAAACAAUUAUGCGCUCAGAGAGCGUUUAUUUCGAGCUCGAAACGAGUUAAAUUAUUUACAGGAGGAGCUUCAGAGAUUGCAGGACGAUAGUCGGCAACUUGAGUGUGAUAUCAAUAAUGUUAGACCAGAAAUAGUGCAGCUACAAAAGCGGAAAGUUCAGUACACUGAAGUAUUGAUGCAGAAGGGCUGGUCACAUGAAGACAUAACACUUAAAUUGAAUCCAGACAAGGGCAUCUAUGCUGCAUUCUCUGCUAAUGAAAUAAGGCGAUCAAAGCGUCACUAUCACGACACAAUAUAUCAAAACCGAGCCGAUUCUGUCAAUCGAUCUCGACCUCGGUCUGGAUCUCGUUCUGGUUCUGGAUCUCGAGGUCAAUUGAGGAGAACACAGACUGUCAUGUCACAAUUGCCAAAUUCUCCUCCUUCCAUUCCUCCUCGACUUGCUGGUUAUGAGCGAACGUUAGCGAGACAUGCAAGCGAUGUGGGAGGGGCUCGCUCUCGAGCUUUCACACACCAAGCGAGUUUCUCUGGUUUUCCAGUAGCCGUUCAAGAACAAACAAUAGAAGCGUUGCCACACUUUAAUAGCAAAACGUGGCUCGUCGAAUGUGACAGGAAGCAGUCAUUAGACCAGCUAAAGGGCCACAUGAAUGGAACGUUUCUCGUCCGUGCAAAGGAAUACUCGUGGUCUCCAGGAGUCAUAUGUCACACACAUUCAGUCGAUGUCAUUUGCCAUGGUGAUGUAAAACACAUUCAAAUUUUUCGGUACGGAGAUGGCAACUACGGCUUCUCGAACGACUUGAAGUACGCGUCUGUUGAGAGUUUGAUUAUUGAACACAGUUCAGCAUCACUAGAGAAGUACAACAUGGACCUUCCAAUAGCAUUACUGUAUCCUGUAUUUGCACCCAGAUGGUAACUAAUCACAUGAUAAUAAGAGACAACGUUGUAGCAUUGAGUAUGUACGUAAUCAGGUUCAUUUCUGUAAUUGACAAUACAUCUACAUGAUUGUAAUUUAUUGAAUGA